UGAGCCCUGCUCCUCCCAGCAGCUGCCUCCCUGUUAUCAGCUGGUGCUGGGCGGAGAUGAGGCGGGAGAAAUCGAUUUUGUCUCUUCCGGCCGCCCCCCCCCGGUCUUAUCUCUGGCUCUGUUGAACCCACGGGAGAUGAAAGUCCAGGCGGGUGCCUGGAGUUGGAAGCAGCAGCCAGGGUGCGUCCCGGAGCCGCUGGCCCUGCACCAUGGACAUUCUCGAGACGGACGCCCGCUACCGCCGGAACAUCGCGGCUGAUGCCAAGAGCCGCCGCCUCAAGCUGCUGCCGUUCCUGGCCUCCUGCGGCCUGUACUUCACUCUGUGGCUGCCGGAGCCCAGCUGGGUCAGCGCCGGCGUCAAGAGCCUCCCGGUCCUGAGCCUGGUCUGGUUCCUGACGGCCCAGGCCUGGGGUGACGGCGCCUGGACCCCGGCCGCCCGCCGGAUCUGCUGGGGGCUGAUGUUCUCCAGCGUGGGAGACGCCUGCCUGGUCUGGCCCCACCUAUUCCUCCUAGGGAUGGUGGCCUUCGCUCUGGCUCACGUCUGCUACAUCUGGGCCCUGGGCCUGCGUCCCGCCCGCCCCUGGCUCCUGCUGCUGCUGGCGCUGGGCUGGGCCGGGGCCUACGCGACGCUGUGGCCCUGCCUGGGGGGCCCCUACGUGCCGGCCGUGGGGGGCUACAGUGCGCUGCUGGCGGCCAUGGCCUGGCGGGCCCUGGCCCGGCCUCCCCCCCACCUGGCCGUGGCCACCGGCUCCCUGCUCUUCAUGGCCUCCGACCUGGUCCUGGCCUGGGACCACUUCUGCGCCCCGGUGCCCCAGGCCCGGCUCGUCGUCAUGGGCAGCUACUACGCGGCCCAGGGGCUGAUCGCAGGCUGGGCCCCCCGCGCCAGCCCCCGCUGGAAGGAGACCUGAGCCGGGCACCCGCCACCUCUGACCCCAGGGGGCAGCCGGCAGGUGGCACCCGCGACCUCUGACCCCAUCAGCGCCAACCCGCCUGUGACCCCAGCGACCUCUGACCCCUCAGCAUCAACCUGCCAGUGACCCCAGCGACCUCUGGCCCCAUCAGCAACAAUGUACUGUUGACCUCUGACCCCGGGCCCAACGAGAACCAGCUGACCUGGGUGUUGGGUCCUUUACCUACGACCUUGUGACCUAGGAGCGCCAACCUGCCCAACCAAGGACCUGGAAGUAAUUGCCUUGACCUUUGACCCUGCUCAUUUGUCAGCAGGCCCAA